AUGCUGGGAGAUGCCACCCCGGAGAUAGAGCUGGCGGUAGCAUGGACAGAAAGAUACAUAGAGAAGAGAUUGACCAAACGGGCCUUACACUGGUGGCGGCUCGAUGUAGCGAGAGCCUUUUCUGAUAAGGCUAGAGUAAACAGGGUCCAUGCGGAAUGCGAUACCUUACAAGGCAUGAUCCAGAUCAUGACUAGGCCUUACUGGUUUCGAAUGUGGACAUACCAAGAAUAUCUGCUGCCCAUGAAUACGCCACUUGCUGUCUGCGGAAGUCUGACGUUCAAAGUGUCGACAAUGCUAGCAGAUCCUGCCAAAGACUCGAUAAUGAAGCGCAUGGACCCCAGAAUAUCGUGCGAUGAUAACAUACCGUCAGACGAGGUGACAAGUUUGAAGUGGGUGUGGGAUGCGGCCAGCGAAGCAUUCAGCGAAAUCUGCACCUACGAAGAAGUCUCCUCCCCUAGACAAAAUAGGGGGUUCGAAAAGAAGGAAACCCCGGGGCAUCAUUUCAGGAAAACAUAUCAUCGGAAAUGUCAGAAUCCAAAGGACAGAAUUUACGCCCUUUAUGGUGUCAUCCCGGACCUCCAGAGGGCUUUCCCUCCAGAUUAUAAUAAAACAUAUGAGCAAAUUGCGCUGGAAACGACGAUUUGGAUGAUCAGUCAGGAGGACUGCCUGCUUUUCACAUUAGUUCCUUUUGCUGCACACAAUGCAUGGAAUACUCAACUCCCUUCCUGGGUGCCUGAUUAUCGCCAAGGCCCCGCACAAUUCAUAACGUCUUACCGGAAAGUCCCUCUAAUAGAUGCAGUGCAAGAGCUUCGCGGGUAUACAAAACUUGGGACAUCUCUUAAUGGGUCAGACCAUAUGGCAGUCAAAGUAUCUGACAAUGGUUCAAUUUUACACCUCCGUGCUCAGCGAUUCGGUAAAUGCAAGGCCGUGCUGCAAUUUUCAACGGAUCCACGCACGGUUGCAAGUCAGCUUAUUUGGGUCUUUUAA